CCAACUUUUCUUCUUGCAUGAUUUCCCUCGCACGGAUUUGCCACUCGGAUGUUGUUUCCUCGGGAGCCGAGCUCGGAGCCACGUUGAACCAGCCUUUUCCUCCAGUGCUAUGACAGGCAAACUACUGGAGAAGCUGCCGGGGACCAUGAACACUUUGAUGAACCAAUUGCCUGACAAUCUGUACCCAGAGGAGAUCCCCAACUCUUUGAAUAUCUUCUCCAGCACCAGCGACUCGGUGGCUCACUACAACCAGAUGGCUGCAGAUAAUGUUAUGGACAUUGGCUUAGCGAACGAAAAGGCCGGUCAGGAAUUGUCCUCCUACUCGGGCACUUUUCAACCCGCCCCGGGCAACAAGACUGUCACCUACCUGGGGAAAUUCGCUUUUGACUCGCCCUCCAACUGGUGCCAGGACAACAUCAUCAGCCUGAUGAGCGCCGGCAUCCUGGGGGUGCCGCCGUCCUCGGGCGCGCUCACCAGCACGCAGAGCUCGGCGGGCAGCAUGGGGCCGCCGCAGGGCGAGGUGGACCAGAUGUACCCCGCGCUGCCGCCCUACUCCUCCUGCAGUGACCUCUACCCAGAGCCCGUCUCGUUCCACGACCCCCAGAGCAACCCUGGCCUCACCUACUCCCCCCAGGAUUACCAGGCGGCCAAGCCCGCCUUGGACAGCAACCUCUUCCCCAUGAUCCCAGACUAUAACCUCUACCACCACCCCAACGACAUGGGCACCAUCACGGAGCACAAACCCUUCCAGAGCUUGGACCCCAUCCGCGUCAACCCGCCCCCCAUAACCCCGCUGGAGACCAUCAAGGCCUUCAAGGACAAGCAGAUCCACCCGGGUUUCGGGGGGCUGCCGCAGCCGCCCCUCACGCUCAAGCCCAUCCGACCCCGCAAGUAUCCCAACCGGCCCAGCAAGACGCCGCUGCACGAGCGGCCCCACGCCUGCCCGGCCGAGGGCUGCGACCGCCGCUUCUCCCGCUCCGACGAGCUCACCCGUCACCUCCGCAUCCACACGGGCCACAAGCCCUUCCAGUGCCGCAUCUGCAUGCGGAGCUUCAGCCGCAGCGACCACCUCACCACCCACAUCCGCACCCACACCGGCGAGAAGCCCUUCGCCUGUGAGUUCUGCGGCCGCAAGUUCGCCCGCUCCGACGAGCGCAAGCGGCACGCCAAGAUCCACCUCAAGCAGAAGGAGAAGAAGGCCGAGAAGGGCUCGGGUGUGCAGCCCCCCGCCGCGCCCCCCGCCGCCACCGCCACCACCUCGCCCCCCGUCGCCCUCGCCCCCGCCGUCACCACGUGCGCUUGA